AGAGGAAGAACCAGGAGGCUUUCUAAGUGCGCAUGCGCAACAAAUAUUUUCACUAUAGAUUCUCCUUUCCCAAAAAACAUUUCCUUUAUUGAGUGAGUGUAACUUUAUGGCCAAAUACAUGAGGCCCCCAAACACGUCUUUGUUCGUCAGAAACAUCUCCGAUGAGUCCAGGCCUGAGGAUUUGCGGCGUGAGUUUGGCCGCUAUGGGCCGAUAGUGGAUGUCUACAUCCCACUUGACUUCUAUACACGUCGAUCAAGAGGAUUUGCAUACAUUCAAUUUGAGGAUGUUCGUGAUGCAGAAGAUGCCCUUCACAGCCUGGACAGGAAGUGGGUCUGUGGCCGGCAGAUUGAAAUCCAGUUUGCCCAGGGUGACAGAAAGACACCGAAUCAGAUGAAGACGAAGGAACGAUCUCCGAGCAGAUCUUCCCGACACGACGACCACGAUCGAGAUGGCAGACGCAGACGUUCGCGCAGCCGCAGCAACGAGCGAUACAAAUCGCGCAGCCCUUCUCACGAUCGCCACCGCAGGCGGUCCGAGAGUCCUCGCGAGUCUCGUGGACGGGUGUAUGGAGGGAGAAGCAGGAGCCGCGAGGAUGAAAGAUACAGGCAGAGGCCUCGGAGAGAGUCCAGAGGGAGAUCACACUCCAAAUCCGCAUCUCCGCGAGAAGCCGUCAACCCGGCGUCGACUUCCCAUUACCCCGAGGAAGAAGUGCGACGGACACACACCCCAUCCCGCUCCAGGUCCGCGUCCAGAUCACGCUCUCGGUCCCGUUCUCGGUCCCGAUCCUGGGCCGGACACAAGUCGGGAGGCCGUUAGAACAGCACCCGCUCCCCCCUUUCUAUCCGUCGUCGUGUCAGAUUAACCAGAGCUGGUGCAUCUGUCGAUAAAUGUUUGUUUUGACAUGAAUGUAACAUCCACUGAAGCAUUUAUAGAAAGCUUGUUUUCGCGGCUCCAUUUUAAGAAGAACGAUGCUGGUGCUUUGCUUGGUUUUAUAAAAUAGUAUUGGUGAGAUUUCCCGAUUAGAAAUAUGAAACAGUCAGUGGUUUCUGUGUUCAGUGGUAGUCGGCCAGGAAUAAUUGUCUUUUUUUAUAACUGAGGAUUUUGUUUUCUCAACCCUAUGCACCCAUUUUUGCAAAAAAAGAACAUUCAGUAUUUUAAAAUGAAUCCAGUCUGUUAGCGAACCAAACCAGCGUUUCUGUGUGUUUGAUGUCAAAUCACAUACUUUCAAAUCUACCGCUGACCUUUCUCCAGAGGUCUUUCAUGUUUUUCUUCCCAUCGUUCAGUGACCGGUGUUAUUUUACUAUAUCAAAACGAAUAUUCCAAAACCUAUAUUGACAAAGUAGCAGACUGUAUUUUGAAGUGCACUGCUUUACCCAGCAACUAUACACGAUUGAAAAAAAGCAGACUUGACAUCCCAGCUUUAAGUCACGACAAAGUAAAGAUUUUCAUCCUAAGAAAAGGAGUCAAUGGCUGCCUGGAAGAAAAACCUAAAACAAAAUGUAACGUGUGUUUUCUGUGUUGGGAAAAGAUCAGCAGUAGUGUCACUAGUAUCAAGUAUUGAGGCUGAAACACACAGGAACACUGCUGUAAGAUGUUGUCGACAUGCGACUUUAACCACAAACUGUUAAAAAUGUACAUUAAUCCGUUUAAUUUUUGUGAUGUUUUCUGUAUGAUUACAUUUCUUUUUUCUUUUGUUUUUCCAAAAGGUAUUUUAUUUUUUGGAAACCUUUCUCCAAAUUUCAGUUGUGAGAGGAGAAACAAAAUGCUCUUGUUGGUGUUUGCACGACUGUUGCUGUUUUUUCAGAAUGAAUCUCGUCACUGCAUGUUUUAUUCUCCUAAUCUUCUAUCUUUAGUAGGAAGAAAACUCUUAUUUUGAGUAAUAAAUAGAUAACAUUAGUAUAAGGAAA